AUGCGGCGGUUCCUGGACGCACCUCCCGCUUCAUCCCGUGACACCUCACUGCUUUCUUCUCUAUUGCACUUCGUUAUAGCAUACAUGGAUAACGUACCGAAGUCUGAUGGCACAAUGUCCUGGAUAAAAUCGUCAUUUAUUGGCAAUGAAGCACACAUAAUUUCUCUUUUGAGUAGAGAUCAGUUGUAUCCUCAGCAAACUGCGCAGGAGUGCAUUGAAGUGACACAACUACACAUACAUAUUGUGAAGGUGCUACUACGAUGUGUUAUGAUGCUGGAAACCUGGGAAGAUUAUGACAGCUAUAAGUUGGAGAGCUUAUUGAAAAUUCUUCUUGUUUGCUUGGACAAAGUUGAUUUGAAAAAUUUCCAUAUGCUUGGGUACCUAAAUGAACUAAUGCGUUGUAUACGAUACGCCGUGAAUUCUCGCUACUGUAAACUAUCAGAAGAUACUUUGAUUCAGUGCUUGAAAGUAGUAGCAAGGACACUGAGUGGAUGUGCCUCUGGUGGUGGGUGUAAAGGGCAGGCGUGCAGACUGGAUGCGACUCUGUCUUUGCUGGCAUUGUUAAGGCAGAUACAUGAUGAAGCUAUACCUGUGCAGGUAAGUAGUAUAAUAAUGUUUGAUUGUUUACCAUUAUUAAUAACUAGCUACUUCCACGUAGUUUCACUCAGCCUGUUGAGCGCUUAUUGA